AUGGAUCCCCGGCCUCCGCCCUGCACCCGACCCGAGUCCACGGCGGCAGCGACGGCUCUGGGCCACUUGGGCAGCGUGGGUGAGCUGUUUUCCCUCCUCCGCGCCGCGGGAGCAGUUUCCUUCACAGGGAUCAGGGGUUUUUUUGGGGGGGGGGGGAGAAUGAGGGGAACCCCCAAUUUUGGCUUAUUUUGGCGCACAGCUCUCUGAGCUGGAGUGGGGAGACAUUAUUCUUCCCCGCGUCCAGCCCACUAUCUGUCUGUCUAUCUAUCUAUCUACCUUUAUUAAAUUUAGAUCUCGCCAUCAUUUAAUCUGAACGCCGCCUUCCUAUGGUUAGAGCCAUGCUCAAGGCGACUUGCCAGCCAGAUGGACGGGGUAUAAAUAAAUAUUAUUAUUAUUAUUAUUAUUAUUAUUAUUAUUAUUAUUAUUAAACAUAGCAGAAUUAGUCAUAAACCAUCAGUAGAAUAAUAGGAGUGUAGAAUUGGCAGGGACCCCCCAGGGUCAUCUAGUCCAGCCCAGCGCACAUCAAGAAGUACCCAGUCAUAAAAGGGCUGCCACGUUCAAAAAGUGAAAAUCGAGAUACAAAAAUUUGCCGAAAUCUACACGGGUUGCCAUACAUCUGGAUUUUCGCGGACAAUUCUGCAAUUUCCCACCUAAAAAAACAAUAGUGAUAUAAAAUAAUGUGCGCGAUAAGACGGGGUGCAAUAUACCAACUGCAGGGAGGGAGGGAAGUCAAGACUCGGCAGAGUCAAAGGGAAUAUAUGGUAACAAUAAUGAUUGUUGGAAAAAGAAUAUGUAAAGAAAAUAAUAAAAAUUUACUUAAAAAAAAAUAAAAUCCCACCUAGAGGGUUUCUGAUGGCCGAAUUCCAGCUUUGUCUGGGAAAUUCCAGACUUAGGGCAGCCCAUGAUUGAGUAAUUUCCACAUAAAUCGUAGAAGUUGGAAGGGAUCCUGAAAGUCUUCUAGUCUGACCCCCCUGCAACGCAGGAAUCUCAACAAAAGCAUCCCUGACAGAUGGCUAUCCAACCUCUGUGCUUUGUGGUGUAAGGAAAAUACAGAAGCUUAGCCCCUUUUUUAUUGUCCUUUUCACCCUUAUUAGUCCUGCUGGCUGUCGUGUUUUUAAGAGCACUCUUGAUGCAGAAAGUUAAAUCGAGAGUGCUUUCCCACGUCCUGCUUAUUGAGCGUUCAUUGCAGGGAGGUUAGGUGAAGCUGACAUGUUUUUAUUGAGCCGGUUUUUUUUUUAUUUGUUUGCAAGUGGGGAGAUUAGACGAAGUUCCAUAAAUAAAGUGCCACCCCUGCCCUGCUUCAUUUUUCCUUUUCACUUUGGGGAAGCAGGUUUGAUGAGCCAGCUCUCCAAAUCUGCUUUAAUUGCCCAACCUAAAUUUGCUGGAAUGUGAUUGAAUCUCCCAGCCGAAAACAGAAACCAUUUGGAACUGCCCUAAAUCAUCUGCAUUUUUUACUUCCGUAGUAGGUAAAGCUUGCCUCAGACACAUAGCAGUGAAUUCAAGCUGCAUCGCUAAACUUGGUUUGGAGGUCUGCUACAACAAGCCCACUUCCUUCCAAAAUUGGACCUUUUGCAAUAAGGAAAGUGACAGAAAAUGCUCAGUUGACCUCAGAAUUAUUCAAAAUCACAAGCAAAGGAAUAUUUUUGAUAUGUCCUGAUUUUCCCUGUGCACAUUAACAAGGUGGUUAUAAUAAUAUUAAAACAACAAGCGCUCAUAACUUUGAGAAUCCAAAUUUGUAUUAAAAACAUAAUUAAAAACCUUAAGGGAUAGUUAUCUCCCCUCGGAAUAAGUAUGCUAUUAAUAACUAUGCUAUUAAUAAUAAUGCUAUUAAAAGAAGUACCACAAUAUUGUUGCUAAACACUGCCAUUAUUGCUCCAAUGUAAGUAAGAGUAAUGCCAGCUGUACAAAAACAUCUUCGGGUACACAAAUCUCACGUCCGGAGCAUACCAAAUCCAGAUUAGAGGCACUGGUCCAUGGGGUCACGAAGAGUCGGACACAACUAAACGACUAAACAACAACAUAGGAGGAAUGGCAUAUUUAAUGAUGCAGCUUCUGUGCAACAGAUGCCAACAAUUCGUAGUAGCUUUUAAUUAUAGCUAGUGGAGAUUUCACCAGACUGGACUUUUCUGGGAAUAUGUUGCAAGGCUCAUUCAAAAGUUGGAGGCUGUGAAUCUUUAUGGUUGUUUUUGUUGUGUUUUCUUCUCACGAAAGAGACGAAAUUGAUUUCUGUCAUUCAGAACUACUUGGAAAUAUGUUGAACGCUGUUAGGAUGAUACCGCUGAAAAAUGGAAGCUGGCUGAGGAAAGCUGAUAAAAAGAACUUGCCUAAGUAGGGAUUGCAUCACUUUUUACAUGAAUAACAAGGCCGCCCUUUUGUCACCUAUUCUAGGUUUGCUAAUCUAAGGUGCUGGGAAUCUUGGACUGGCAGUAUGAUGGUGGAGCCCAGACAUCUAAGGGCCAAACUAUAUAUUCACUUAAUUACACAGUGUGAGGUUUUUCUGUAAAUAAUUAAGAGCCCAAUUUUUAAUGGGAAGGCAGGAUGAGGAAACUGAAGAUUUAAGCCUUCCUCUCCCUGUGCUUUUCCUUCCCAGUAAGACUCAGUCUCUCCUAUGCUUGCAAUUAUUUAAGGAAAUGAUAUGUGGCUGUAUGCGGCAUAAUUAUGUGAAUAUAAUUUUGGCCCUUUAUUCUCUGCACUGCAUUGCAGACUGAAAGAAUGAUGUCUCUGAUCUCUGCUGCUCUGCAGCGCCAUCACCACCAAUGGCCAGAAGGUGGUAUUGCAGCUCCCUCUCCAUAAGGGAACUGCUGUUGUGUAGAAUCACUAAGAGUUUCAUCUGGCCCUUUAAAGCUGCUGAUUCUGGCUUACAGCUCCUCAUUGACUGCCUUCUUCCUUUUGACUGUUUGCCUCUGGGCCACCAGCCCUGACAGUGAAAUGUAAGGUAUCAAAGAGUGUGCUGAAUUGAACCUUUAGCAGAUUAUUGCAGUCAGUAUAGCAGGAGAUGACAUAACAUCACAAGACAGCUGUAAAUCUUAAGUUCAGGUGAGUUCCCUUUUGAUGCGCUCAUUGGUACAUAAUAUUUAGCUGACAAAAGAAAACGAAAUCUGUUCCUUUCAGCUGAUCUAAUGCAUAAAUCUUGCAAUCUACAUCCUAGAUUGCCACAAUGUCUUCAAAUUAGAACAGCAUUUUUAAUUAACGUGAGGACCCAGGUAACAGUCCAAGGCAGCACAAUUUCAAGGCUCAGUAGCCAGAUUAUUUUUUCAAAAAACAUGCCUUGGUUGGAAGAACCUUGAGUGCCAGCUAGAUUGAACAAUGUGACAUUCAUUUAUAUGGUAUACUCAAAGACCCGAUGAGCAUUAUCAUUUAUAGCUCUAACUGGUAAUGCUACUUUGUGAUUAACUCAAAUAACAUUUGGUUUAUUAUCUGUUGAGAUGUAGUUUCUUUUUAACCAAGCAGAGUUCAUGAGACCACUGAGGAAGACCAAGGUCAACAUGAUUUUGACUGUUUAUAGUCUAUUCAUAUUUUUGCAUGCUGUGUGAUAUUUAAUGAGGCACAUUUGUCAUGUUUAUGAAUAUUAGAUUUAUUUAUACUAUUUGUGUUUGGAUUUUAAUUUUUUUGCUUUGGAUACAGCUAGAGAUCCAUAUUGUUCAUUUUUAAUUGGUGCUAUAUUACAUUAACAUUUUUUUGUAUUACAUUAGCUUGUUUAUAUUCUUUCAUUACGCCUUUAGUUCGUCAAGAUUUACUUCCCUUUGGCAUUACUUAACCAUGGAGAAAUUACAGCUGGUGGUGGUUAUUAUUUUUAAUUUAAUAAAAUGUAUUAUGUGCCCUUCACCAGCAGGUACCCCAGGUGGGUUACAACAGUAUAAAAUUCAGAAUUGAAAACUGUUAAAACAGAUUAAAGUCAUAGGGAUAGGGUUAGUUUAGAGAGAGCUGAGCCCAGGCUUGGACAAGACACUCAGCCAAAACUUAGCUUAGCUCAGCGUGCCAGCAAAAUGGAAAGACAGAAGUAAAGCAGCUGUAAGCUCCUUUCUGGGAGCCAACACACACACAUUCACACUAUGACAGAGUUUGGAUUAGUGGGACAUGCAAGCCAGGCCAGUAGGGUUCUGAAAUACAAUUGGUUUCAUCUUUGGCCCUCUUUAAGAGCCAAUUGAAAACAUUUUAAUUCUCCUAGACUUUUAGUGGGGACUGAUGGGGGAUAUUUUGCUGGGUGGAGCUGCUGUUGUAAUGCUGGGGAUGGUUUUGGCAUUUGCUGCUGGAUAUUGACAAGUAGGCUUUGAAUAAUAUUGCUGGCUGCUAUUUUAUAUCGUGUUUACUGUAAAUUUGCAAAUUGUUCAAUUUAGUAAUGUUUUGUUGUCCACUCUGGGAUCAUGAAAGAGAUGAAGGGUGGGAUAUAAUAAUAAGUACCGUAUUUUUUGCACGAUAACACUCACUUUUUUCCUCCUAAAAAGUAAGGGGAAAUGUCUGUGCGUGUUAUGGAGGGAAUGCCUACGGGUGGCUUGCCUACGGAUUUUCCUCCUCUAAAAACUACGUGCGUGUUAUGGUCGGGUGCGUGUUAUAGAGCGAAAAAUACGGUAAAUCUGAAAGCUGCAGCAUAUUACGAAGAUUUAAGAUUUUAUUGUUUCCCCAAAUUUUUUUUAGAAAAACAGCUUCAGAAUGAAGGGCUUGUGUUCAACAAGGAAACUGUGCAGCACUUUGAAGAUGCUAUUAAAUCCAUCAAGAAACUGGUAAUGUCAGAACUUAAACAAGCAAAGCUUUGGGACACAUAAAAAAUAGGGAACUCUGCAUUUCUCUGAUUACCAAACUUGGACCUGAUCAAAUGAGGUGCCUUGGAUUUACAGCUGGUUAUUUGGGAUGCAGUCAGCUGCCUCCCUAGACCAUUCUGCUGCUUUACUAGAAUUUAACAAUCAGAGAGGGUCUUUGCUAGUAGAUCUUCAGUCUUCAAGAGCCAUACAUAUACCUUGAAACUCACAUUCUUUUCCAUCCUACACCCAGGGCAUUGAGCACCUUGUGUCCAGGAUACCUCUAUUACUCUAGAGCAGGCAUAAUAUUGCACACAGGACAGUACCAUAGCUGUCAACUUUUCCCUUUUCUUGCGAGGAAUCCUAUUUGGAAUAAGGGAAUUUCCCUUAAAAAAGGGAAAACGUUGCCAGCUAUGGACAGUACCAUGAUGAAUGUGCUUUCCAGAGCUAGCGAUCCUGGUUUCUGUAUGUCUUCUCUCAAAUAAAACUGGAGUGGUACUUAAAUUAGUGCAGGGGUAUCGUGCUGAAUUUCAUUUUUUGGCCAUGUGUCCAUUUCUAGGAAGAGGAGAGGAAACAUACUAUUGAACUGUGGGAAGAGGAGACCAUCAAAAACAGCAAUCUCCGUGUCCAAAUCAAAGGGUUCCCAGAGCUUGUAAUGAAGGAGUUUGAAGGUAUUUCAGAGUCAUGGGAUAAUAGCAUGUAGCAGCAGAUAGAAUGUAUUUGUAGCAUGUAUAACCAUUCAUUUAAAGCAUGAUUGAUUGAACUUAGGUAGUUUAAUUUAGUGGCAGAAUUUAAACUUUGGACCACAGAAGAUGGGAUAUUGUUUUUCUCAAGGGAGCAGGGACAUGACAAUAAUAAUAAUAAUACUUUAAGGAAAAAAGAAAGCUAUUAUCUGUGUACACACACUCUCUUAUAUAUCUGCUUCCCCUCCCUUCCCAUAGAUAAAGUGACUGAAAUAGCAUAAAUAAAAUGAUAAAACCAAUAUAUAUUAUGAGUUCUAGUGUUAAAACUCUGCACAUUUCUGGAUCCCUGAUAUAGCCAUCAGCGAAUGCAAAUAGGUUACAUGAAAUAUUAGAUCAGCAGGAGGUCUGUUGCAAAAAGUUCUUUUUCCGUUAGGUUUUGAAUCACCUUGUUUUAAAAACUUACUGCUUCAGGGGGCAAAAAGAAGCGCAAAGAAAUUUGUUGCAUAAUUAUUACGGAGGAUUAGUGCUGUGAGAAGAGCGGGAUGCCCACAGAGGCAGCGUGCAAAGUACGUUGCGUUAUCAAUUGUGAAAGUUUUCCCUGUGCGUGGACUGUAAUCCCUGUGGGAUUCCUUGAAAAGGAGGGGUGGACCAUGACUCCCGGGGGGGGGGGGUGCUGCCCCAGGAACCUCAUGCUGGAGAGGCAAAGGAAUGUGUAGGCCUGUGUACAUAGGGAGAAGCCGUUGUAUUGGCUUUAAGAGGGGAGGAGACAAGUUAACGGAGAAGAAGUCUGGGAGCCAGAGUUGGCCCUCCAGGCCACUCUAUCACACUGGCACUGCUUUGCAUUUUGAGUGGCUUUGCCUGGCUGGAAUGUGCCCUUGAAUUCAGGAUCUGCAUCUGACCCUGGGUUCUUUCACCCAGGUGUACCUAUCAAUUGCCUCUCUUUAAAUGUAGCUACCUGAUCUCUUGGGAGUGUGUAGACUUCCUGAUGUUGCUCUCAUGGGAUGAGUGUCAGAGCGGCUACACAAAGCCGGGAAGUCAGACAGAAACACCACUCAGGGAAUUUUAAUGGUGUGUGUGUGUGUGUGUGUGUGUGUGUACAUGGGCGUGUGUAUUUGUAAGUCUGUCUUACAUUUCUUGUUCCAGAACUCGUGGCUGCUGCUCAUCGCUAUCGUUUUAUCAAGAUAAAUGAGACUGAGACAUCCAUAAACGAGAUCUCCACUGCAAUAGAAUCGGCAUAUUCAAAGCAGACUGUCUCUAAAGACCAAAACGCUCACCUGUGGUAGGCAUGAUUUGUUCAACCAAAAUCAUAGCAUUGGGAAAUUGUCCAGCCUAAAUUGUCCUGUGCUGAAAGUAUCCCCGAUAGGUGUCUCGAAAGCCCUCAAGAAAGGAGAUUCUAUAACAUGAUUAGAUAACGUUGUUCCAUCACAAAACUGCUAUUAAUAAGCUCUGUCUUAAUGUUUAACCUAAAACUGCUGCUCUCUUAUUUACACACAUUGGGCGGUAUGCAACUAAAUAGUUGUGCUUGUGCAAGGAUUAGCACUAGAGAAAUCGGAUUUCCCACUCUUUCCUCCCCCUGCAUGUACCUUGUGCUGUUCCCAAAUCUGCUCCUUAGGGUUGGGAAAACCUCUAGAACAGUUUUAGGGUGAAUGCUGGGUGUGGGUGGGUGAGAACGUUCCAUUGUUCAAGGAGAAUCCUUGCAGUGGGGUAUUGUUUUGGUUGUUACUUUGCUUUUAUGUUUUUAUAUUGCAAACCAGCCUGUGAUCCUCAGAUGAAGAGUGGUAUAGAAUUUUAUUUUUUUUUAAAUGUGUGAACGGAACAUUCACUUUAUUGCUACAUUGCCUACAGCCCAUUGGCUUGUGUCCAGUGAUGCUCACACAAUUCCCUCUGCCCACUGCAACACCUUGUGUCCUUUGCAAAGCUACUCCUGGGGGUCAAGGGCCCCCCAGGAAAAGCCUGGGGUGAGGGGUGGAGGUUUCACUGGGUGGAGGGGUGAAGUGAGGGGAAUCAGGUGGCAGCUGCUUGCUCAGAGAUCCAUCAUGUAUCCCAGGACCUGUCUUUCCUGAUGUUCCUAACCCUCAGGAGAGGCAUCUUAGGGGGCUGCAGUGGGAAAGAAGUAGCAGCACAUUCUCUUUGCUUAAGCAUCCUUGCAUGUAUACUGCAUUGGAUACAGCUCUUUGUAGCCCUGCCCUAUCCUCAAUCAAUCAAUCAAUAAGACUCUCUUGCCCUUUUUUGGGUUGCAUAGCAUAAGAUAAAGUUGCAAUAAGGUGAUGGCAAGUGAUGGUACAUUUCUGCUGUUCUCUGUCACCAUGAAGCAAACGUGACGUCUCAACACAUCCCAUGCCAUUCUUUUGACAGCGAGGAGGAAAUGGAGUUGUGGGCUGAGCACGAAGAAGCUGUUGAAUUGUUGAACGAGACGAUGGAAGCGAAACAUAAGGUCAACAUUGAGAUAAAUGAGCUUCACAAUUUGAAAAAAUAUGAGGAGGAAGAAAUUGGCAGGCAAGAAAGUGCCAUCCAAGAGCUGAAGCAAAUAAUGGCUCAAGAGGCCUCUGAGUUUAAAACAAAGAAAGAGUGGCUAUAUGCACAGGUAUGUUUUCUGGAAUUGCAGUUCCAUAAAGAGGCGCUGCCUUGCUCGGACGGUAUCAGACAUUGGGCUGUCUGGUCCAGUAUUAGCACAGCUGUCCACAGAAUCAAACAGGUACCUGGGUUACCUUAAACAGGCGAUGCCUGGGCAGUUUGUGAAAAGCACCUUACAAUUUAAGGAUGAUUCCUCUGAGUGUUAACAAAUCAACAGCAAGCUGGUCUGCUUUUAUUUAGAAUACGAAAGAUCCAUCUCCCCCUUCCCCUUGCUCUGCUUAUAUUAAAGUUGUUCUGACUGUAGAUUGAAGAAAUCAAAAGUAGGCUUGCGGCUAAGAAGAUUGAAGGCGCACAGAAGAAGGAAGAAUAUGUAGAAUUGUAUAAUGUAUGGAGAGAUAUGCAGAGGGAAAUUGCUGAGCUUCAGAAGGUAAAAGAAAUGAUGUAUUUGGGUAAUGAGCUAUUUGGUAAACGAAGCAUAAUCUAAUCACCGUAUUUUUCGCUCUAUAAGAUGCACCAGACCAUAAGACGCACCCAGUUUUUGGAGGAGGAAAACAAGAAAAAAAAUAUUCUCAAUCUCAGAAGCCAGAACAGCACUGUUCUGGCCUCUGGGAUAGCUGCGCAGCCUGCAUUUGCUCCAUAAGACGCACACACAUUUCCCCUUGCUUUCUAGGAGGGAAAAAGUGAGUCUUAUAUAGCAAAAAAUACGGUACUUGACAGAAUGGGGGACAGGCAGAAAUGAUCCAGUGAGCGCUUGAUUUUAGAAUGAAUUGGGGUUGCACACAAGAGCACUGCCUGGUGGAUUGGCAUCCUAGUAAAUUGGGAACCGAGCUCCUAAUAUCGUUGUGGGCUUUGGCAUUGGAUCGCCAAUGUUUUGGACAUAGCCCUUCAAAUCUUGUCUUAAGGUGAUAGGCAGAGCAGCCACAGGUUUUCCUGCUCGAUCCCUCUCUGUUGUUCAGAAUCUGCUUCACUUGCUGCGGCAAGCAGGACUACAGAUGGUGGAUCACAGUGCUGCAAAGGGAUGGGCAGGGAGAGCUCUGAGCUUUAAAGGCUUUGUGCAGUGGCCAGGAUCUCAGGUGGCCUCCCAAUCUGUGCUUGAACACAAUGUACUCAAAAGUUGUGGAAUCGAGCUGUGAGAAGGUGGAUGUUAGGGGAGGAGUAGUUUGCCCACCUUUGGUCCACACCCUGCACUUAGCUCUCACCUAUGGCUCCUAGAAGCUGUUAGCAUGCAACAGUGACCACACCUCAGGAAAUGGCUUUGACUGGCCAGCUAAACCAGGUGAGGGUAGUCAAUGGGUCUCAAACCUUCAUUGAAUUAGGGACUUCCCUGCAUGUGAAGACAGGCUCCUGCAGAUUGAGCGGACGAGACCAAUAGUGGGUCCAACGGUCAAGAAGGCGGUUUCCAGAUGUGCUGUAGAGGGAAGUGAGGGGCAGGUGGGGCUUGUCAACCUGGGAAGGGAGCCCAUUUAGGAGAAGGAAAACUGUGAUCCAGAGUGGAGUCUCUACGAUGGUUGGGUGGCACUUUGUACUCUUCCUUCUGGCAACUCUUGUAGCCAAGCUGGUGCCAGACGUAGUGCUCUGCUUUCCUUUGGACCACAUCAGCGAGGCUGAGAAGGGGGGGGGUGUCUCAGGACCUCCAUACAUACUGCCCAGGUUUGCCCCCUGCAAAGGUCACUUCAGUGCUGCUAAUGCAGUGAUUUGACUUCACCCCUAGAGGCAAACUUCAUUGUCUCUUGAGACAGAGAGAUGCCAGCAACGAAAAGGUUGGCCAGUCAAUUUACAAUAUUUGCCUGAUCAGGAAGAACUUUAUGAUGCUAAGAGCUGUUUGACAGUAGAACAGUUUCCCUCUGAAAGUGGUACAUGGUACACGCUCCUUCCUUGGAGGUUUUAAAGCAGAGGUUGGGUGGCCAUCUGUCAUGGAUGCUUUAGUUGAGAUUCCUGCAUUGCAGAGGGUUGGACCUCAGGGUCCCUUCAAUCUCUACACUUAAUAUGAUUCUAUAUGAUUCUAGGACCAGUGUGCCAAAUCUGCUUUUAAUGCUAAAACCACCCUGAGCUUGUUUGGAUUGCAACCAUAAUUCCAAAUACAAAUCUAAAUAAUCAGGCUGUUCAUGCCUGAAGAGAAGCACAUCUCUCUUAAAGCAAGGACACAAUGCUUUAAUAGGAGUGUUAGCAGUUCUGAAUUUUACUUUUGCAUUUGGUAGCUCCACAGUUCUCAGAGGGAUGAGCUAUCAGAACUCUUCAAGAACAUCAGACAACUAAUUAAAACAUAUGAAGCAAAAAAGGCAGAGAAGGAGGAUCUCAUCAAAAAAAAGUAAGCAAAUUUUUUACAUUUCUUACUUUUUUAUAUAAUUUUUUUAAAUGUGAAAUUUAUCUAUUUAUUUUAAAAGGCCAAACAAUUGCUCUGGUAUGAAACAAGAUAUGCUGCAUAUAUUAUUUUCCCAAUCCAUAGGUUUCAAGGCACAACAGAAGCUGCUUUAUUAUACCAGAUCAGACUAUACAUGCAUCCUGGUCAGUGCUUUCUGCAUUGACUAGUGACAGCUGUUUCAGAUGGAGAAAGGCCUUUCUCAUGACGUGUUCCCUUCUCCUUUUUAAUGGGAAAUCCCAGAGGCUGAACCUUCAAGCUGAGCCUGCGUUCGGCUGAUGAGCUCCAGCACCUCUUUUGUGCAAGUGGGUGGGGUUCAAUAACAACAACAAUAAUAACCAUUCACAUUAAAGUGGGGUGCAGAGUGGGGAGACAAAGGACCAUGCUGCAUAGGGAAGGUUAGGCUGCAGCCCUGGGCAUAAGCUCCAUUAAAAACAAGAGGACUUAUUUCUAGUGAGUAAGCAGAUACAGUGGUACCUCGCAAGACGAAUGCCUAGCAAGACGAAAAACGCACAAGACGAAAGAGUUUUCCGUUUUUUGAGUCGUUCCGCAAGACAAAUUUCCCUAUGGGCUUGCUUCGCAAGACGAAACGUCUUGCGAGUUCUUGCGAGUUUGUUUCCUUUUUCUUAAAGCCGCUAAGCCGUUAAUAGCCGCUAAGCCGUUAAUAGCCGUGCUUCGCAAGACGAAAAAACCGCAAGACGAAGAGACUCGCGGAACGGAGUAAUUUCGUCUUGCGAGGCACCACUGUAUAGGAUUGCUCUGUUCUUCUUCUUUGGAGAUCACUUGUAGCCAAGUAAGAUUGCCUUCCAUGAACACAGUCUUAACAGUGAGUCCAUAAGUGACUGUGGAGGCCAAUUCUGGAUCCACAUAUCCUUCCACAGUGGGGACAUAGGUUUCCUGGCAGAAGUUGAUCACGGUGAGGGUUUGCCAAAUGUGCCUUCCUCUUAGCAUGUUUCUCCCUUCUUGAGUUCGAGUGUCUUCAAAGCCCAUGACGCCUUUGGUCAAGGGUGUUCUCCAAUUGAAGCGCCCGCAGGCCAGUGUUUCCCAGUAGUCGGCUUCGCUCACAAGCCCACUCACCACGACAAGGUGAUGAUCCAGCGAGCAUGAUUGCUCUGUUAGUCUUCCAGCUGCAAGGCCAAUACCUGACUCUCAUUUUUACGUAUUGCUAAUAAUUCUGAUACUGCAGUGCUCUUAAAAUGGCAGCAUGCAACAUCCAAUGGAUGGCAGUUCCUUCCUUUGCGCAGAAAUAGCUUGUCUUAAUUAUUCUACGUUAUUCUUCAGGUCUGAUCUUACACAUGAGGCAGCUAAAAUGGGUACAGACUUCGAUCAGGAAGCAGAAGCGCUGCGACAACAGAUAAAGGAGGUAUGAAGACAAGGAUAUGUAUCCUUUGAUAAGCUGUUCUCCUGACUCGAGAAAUAUUAUAAAGCGGGGACUAUUGGCCCCAGUCCAACAGUGUGCACUCUUCAUGUGCACAGUUCCCUUUUUAAAAGAGCUCUAGCUGUGCUGAUUGAUUUGCAGGGCUGGGGCGAGAUUAAGUCCAGAUUUUGUUCCACCCUCGAAGCAACUGCGGUGGCGUAAUAGCGGCUUCUUUCACAGGUAGACAAAACCCCGGCUACUGACUCGAGCUAGAGAAUUGCCACGCAGGUCCCCGUUUGCCAAGGGAUUUCUCCUAACUCCCAGGCAUAGCUGUCAGUCCCAUUAUUUCAUUCAAUUAAAUCAUAGAUUGGCCACAUUGAGAACUAGACUUGAUGAGGUUUCGGUCUAUUUUUAUGUUCUGUGGUCCUCUGAAAGUAUAACUUUUUGACAACGAUUUUGUUCAGUAAAAUUAACCUGCACUGCAAUUUGUUUCUAGGCUGAAGAGAAGCUGGAAACGAUUAUGCGAGCCUAUAGAAAGCUAAAAAACGAAAACAAUGCUCUCAGCACACAGUUUAAUAUUUUAUCUGAAGAGGAAGAUCAGGCCUGUGCUCUAAGAGACCAGCUUGCAGAAGAGUACAGUGACUUUUAGUGACUUGUUGAAUGCUACUAGAAGUACAAGGUUCUAUUGUAGUGCUCCAUGAUAAGGAACCCAGCUCUUUGAAUGAGAUUUCUUCUGUGGAGAAGAAAACUCUCCAUAGUGCAUUGAAUUACACUUCACUUAAGAACGUGUAAAUCAAAUGCAAGGGCAGAGAUUGUUAAAAGUUCAAAAGUGGUCCUUUAAUACAGUUUGUAAGUCGCUAUAGGGAUGUCUUGUGUGAUUUGGGCAGAGAUGUCCUCCUAGUUCCCAUGCCCUACUGUUAAUGAGUAUGUAACUAAGCCUAAGCAUGUGAAAUUGAAACAACUGUAUAUUGCUUCUGUAUUUACCCCUGCCUCCAUUUCUCCCCAUGUCAAAUUUUGGAGCAGGGGCGUACUCUCUUGUACUCUGUAAAGCACCUCGCCCCCUGAAGCUAGUCGUCACCAUUAAUUUCAGUGGGGAUAGUUGAAUACAAGCCACUGAAAUCAAAUAAAGCUUUCAGGGUGGGCUGCUUGUAAAUGAAUGGGUUUGCAGGAGAUGUGUUCUCUGAAGCAGAAUGCUGGCCAGUUUCAAACUACCUAUUCCUCAGUGCUGAUGGUUGCUAGCCCAGGCUGGCUAAUGGGGUUGUCACAGAAAACAGAGCCGUCGUGCCACCACAACAAUAAACCCCUGAAGCAGGAACUGAGGUACUACUACUACUACUAAAUUUUAGUAUUUAAAUUCUGCUCACCUGAUUGGGUUGCCUCGGUCACUCUGGGCGGCUCCCAACAGAAUAUUAAAAACACAAGAAAGCACCAAAGAUUAGAAACAUCCCUAUACAGGGCUUCCUUCAGAUGUCUUCUAAAAAUCUGAUAGUUGUUUAUUUCCUUGACAUCUGACGGGAGGGCGUUCCACAGAGCGGGUGCCACUGCCAAGAAGGCCCUCUGCCUGGUUCCCUGUAACUUCUCGCAGUGAGGGAGCCACCAGAAAACCCUUGAAGCUGGACUUUAGUGUCCAGGCUGGAUGAUGUGGGUGGAGAUGCUCCUUCAGCUAUAUAGGGACGAGGCCGUUUAGGGCUUUAAAGGUCAGCACCAACACUCUGAACUGUGUUUGGAAAUGUACUGAGAGUCAAUGUAGAUCCUUUAGGUUUGGUGUGAUAUGGUCUCAGCCGCCACUCCCAGCCACCAAUCUAGUAAUUGCAUUACCACCAUAUGUAAUGGGUUGAUCCUACUUAAUUAGGGGUGUGGCGCCUCACACUUGGGACCCUCAGGCCUUUCAGUGCAGCUUCCAUAACUCUCCCCAGUCGGUUCUCCUGCCCCAGGCCGGUUGUGUGAUUUUGCCUGGCUGCAAUAUGUCCCUGAACUGAGAUCCUGCCUCCUGCUUGCCUGGGCGGAAAGAGGCAUGUGUUAGAAAAACCUGUGACCUUUGCAUGCCUUGAAUGUGGCCUACUAUUUAAAAGUCAUAUUGUUACUCCAUUCACUUCUGCCUCCAGCCCUGUUUGCCACCAGCAUGCAGACCCAAGACCGUUGCCUGUGAGUCAGUGUAUCCCUUGAGCUGGAAGAAAGUUCCUCACCCAUGUCUGGAAUUUGUGGCUGCUUCUGGCCUCUUCUCUGUAGUCCCAUAAGGGGAAGUGCAUUUCAGAACAUCCCAUGUGAAUUAGGCAGAAAUGCCCUUUGAAGUAAUUGGACACCAAUGUAAUUGGGAUCCUGUGACAUGUCUGGUGCUGUAAUUUCACCAUAGGUUAAAAGUGGUGUUUGGGGGAAAAGCAUUAAUUAUUAGAAUUUAUUUACUGCCCUAUACCCAGAGGUCUCAGGGCGGUUCAGGCCUUCCUUUGUUCUCAUCAUCCUUAUGUAAACGAACUAGUCUUGAAUCCGUCUCCUGAGUAUAUCUUAUUAUGGUUAUUAUUAUGAGCUAGGGUAGCUCAGUUGGUAGAGUAUGAGCCCCAUUUUGGGCAAAGGUUGCCUGCAUUGCAGAUGGUUGCACUGCAAGACCCUUGCAGUCCCUUCCAACUCUACAAUUCUAUGAUGCUAUUAUCAUGGUUUGGGAAUUCUAGGAAUUGACCCGCUCUUAACUAUCUUGAUUGUCCUGUAUCAUAUUUUCAUAUGUUGUAAAACUGCCCCCCCCAAUAUUUUUUUAAAGUAAUCUUUUAAUGAAGAGAAAUAAAUAUCUAAAAUAAAUUGCACAUGACCAGAUGUGUAACUGGCUCCUCCCUUGCCCUUCCCUUGAUAGAUUUGAGAAGUUGUCCAACAAGCUCACCGAAAAGCUUGACCUCGUGGCAAAGCGCUUAGUGGAGUUGAGAGACCUGGAGGAGGAGACGGAUCGCCUGCAGAACCUCUAUGAGUAAGUUCCAUUCUGAGUGCUUACCUGUUCAUAGACCAUCAGUGGCUGCUGACCCUGAUAUAAAUGCUCCACAUCUAGUGCGGAAGGCAUCACGCCUCUGAAUAAUGGUUGCUUGGAAUUGCAAGCGCUGGGAGCGCCGUCUCAUUCAGGUCUUCCUUGCGGGUUUCCCAGAGGCAUCUGGUUGGCCAGUGGUGUAGCGUCAGGUGUUGGUGCCCGGGACGGGGUAAGUGUGGCACCCCCGGUGGACUGGGCAACCUAGUGGUGCUGGGCUGCCGAGCAAGGAACUUACUCGCAAGCCAGAGCCCAGCAGAGGAGAGAGACAGAGAUUCUGCCACUGCCUCUCAUUCUCGCCUGCCCCUGGUUCAGGUCUGACCCGGGAGUGGAGCUCCAGCAGGGUGGCACUGGGUUGUUGCGCGAGGAACCUCCUUGGCACCAGAGCCCAGCGGAGGAGAGGCGCCCGGGGGUGGGGCACGCUAGGACAUCCCUUCACUGGUCUUGAGAAGGAGACACAGCUCCAAAGGCCCGGCCUGGGCAUGGCUUCUCUCUCUGUGGCUCUGGACUAGAGGAGGAACCUGUCAUGGGGGCGCAACCAGGCGGCCCCUAAAAAAUGUGCCCAGGGUAAUGCCCUCAGCCCCGCCCACACUAGGCCUCUGUGGUUGGCCACCGUGAGAAUGGGAUGCUGGACUAAAUGGAUGUUUGGCCUGAUCUACAUCCCAGAUUACUGCAGAGUAGGCACCUCUUAAGGGCCCUGUGACAACGGAUCAAAAUAAUAUUGUUUUAGUCUUGGAAGAAAAUUACAACCGAGCCUCCUUAGUUCUAUGUUAUCCCACUAGAUUGCGCACAUGAGGGGACCCCUGAGAUUUUGACUGCCUAGGGCCACUAUCACUGCUUGGUGGUAGUAGCUGGAGAAUGCUACUCCGCUUUGGGAGGAAAUCAUAGAAAAAUUGAUUAUUCAGUGUCACACUUCUCGUUUCAGGUCCUCACAGACCGGCUAUAGCAGAGAGCUAGGAAGUUUAGAGGUAACAUUAAACAAAGAAGCUGAGAGAAGGUAAAAUAUUAUCUGAAAGUAAAAUAUUGCACUAAAGACUUUCAGGACGUUUGUGUCAGAUUCAUAAACAUACAUGUGCAAUUCCCUUGAUGCUGCCAAAUAAAUGUUGUUAGGGUGGAACCUCUGGUUACGUCUCGUCCUCCUUACGAACGCUUCGGGUAAUGAGCUCCGCUAACCUGGACGUAGUUGCUCCUGGUAGCGAACUUUACCCCGGGAUGCGAGUGGAAUUCGUGUGGCAGCAGCGCGGUGGCUGCGGGAGGCCCCAUUAGCGAAAGCGCACAUCAGGUUAAGAAUGGACCUCCGGAAUGAAUUAAGUUUGUAACCGGAGGUACCACUGUAUUUAGGUCUGGAUAUCAAACUACCCUUUCCCAAUUCAUAGAACUGUGUAAUGUAAACACAGGUACAGGUGCUAGAUUUUCUGUGCCUUUUGGGUCAGGCUUUGUUUUCUUUUUCUCCCAAUCAGCCUUAGCCCCACCAAACCUACAAGCACACCCUUGCCAAGGUGCAAAAUCCCCUGUGCAACUUGCAGAAUUUGAACCAUUGAGGAUCACAGAAUCCUCCAUUAGCCAAAUGGAAAUCCUGGUCAGAAAUGGAAAAGUACAAUUGAUUUAAGGCAGUGGCUAUACAGAAGGCUUAAUAAUUGCAAGAACACUUAGAGUAUAGAUUGGGAACCUCUGCCUUGGUCAGACCACACCUGGAAAACUGUUCUGAGCACCACGAUUUAAGAGUAAUAUUGACAAGCUGGAAGGUGUGCAGAGGCGGGCAAUCAAGGUGAUCAGUGGUCUUGGAAACCAAGAUUUAUGAUGAAUGGUUGAGGGAGUUGGGGAUGUUUUAGCCUGGAAAAGAGGAGACUGAAAAGAGAUAGGAUAGCCAUAUUCAAAUAACUGAAGGACUGCCCCAUGGAAGAUGGAGCAAGUUUGUUUUCUUCUGUUCCAGAGGGCAGCACUCGAGCCGGUGGAUUCAAGAAAGGAGAUUCUGACAUCAGGAAGAACUUUCUGUCACACGCUCUCCCAUAGGAGCCAUUUUGUGACUGGCGCCCCCAGCACACCCCCCAAAUUCAGAAUGUCCCCACUCGUCCAACAAGUUUGGCAUCCCCUGUAUAGAGAUCUUUCUCAGCCUGCAUACUAUUGCUUGUUGUUUGCCUCCUUGGGCUCCUUUGGGAGGAAGGGCAGUAUAUAUGUUUAAGCACAAGUAAAUUCAUUAGACUAAAUUAGUGCUCUCUUUUUCUGGAAAGCUUUCUCUGUUCCAAAUAUCCUGUUCUUUUCUGGGACUGUGGCGGUUGUUGUUUUUUAAAAUGAUGAAACAUUGGAGAUACCUUUCAAAACUGUCUCUUCAGCUGCUUUAUUUUAAGAAAUAACUCUUGAUCUCCGAGUUACCGUGUACGAAGAAGCACUUUGAACAUUUGCAACUGCUGUGUUGUUGUUACCGUUACCAUAAACUUUAUCAGCAUCAGGAGAUCCUUUGUACAAGAAAGGUGACUGAACCCAACAUCACUGUCCUAAUUGACUGUUCUGUUUAACACUGUGGUGGCUAAUACGUGUGGCUCUCUUCCUGCCAGAGAAACGCUUCAGAACCAACUUGCUGAAAUCACAACCAUGUAUGAGAAAGUUAUGAAUGAUCAGGAAGAGUUACUGAUCACUUCAAAGGAAAAGUCAGACGCUGGUAAAAUGCACCUUAAUACCUUAAUAAAGCAGGUAUGAUACUGGCUUGGACUGGCUUGAUGCAACGGAAUGGUGGGUGGCACCAGCUGGGGAGCCCCCAAAGGUCAAAGGCUCAGAGCCCAGGGAUUGGGGUUGGAACUACAGUGAGUGGUCGGAAAGGGAAGACUGGGAGGAGGAGGUGUCUGAAGCUGAAGGGGUGACAGGGCUUGGUGAACAGGAAGAGUCUGUGGCAGAGAGAAGCCCAGGAUCAGAAGCUGAAGCAGGGGAGGAGGGAGGCCAAGAGGCAGAGAUGAGUCAGGCUGAUGCAAGUUUCCCAGGACCAGGAGAGGCAUGAAGCAGGAGGAGCAAAGACAGACUUGCCAGUGGAGUCUCAGAUUGCUUGGGAAGGACCCAGGGGAGGAGAAGCCUUAAGCAGCUGUGGGAAGGUGGGGACAUUUAGUCUCCACAACUGCCUCAUAGAGGCAAGAUCUACCAAAAAGAGUUGCUGUGUUCAUAAGGCCUGGCACUCCUGAGCAUACUUUGUUCCUUCUGGUAAAGAGUUAACUCCACUUACCUGGUGUGAUUUAUUGCUGACCCGCUCCUGUCAGAUACCCACUAAGCGCCUGAAAUGAAAUCACAGGGCUACGUGCAUUUUCUACAGGUGAAGUGAAACCUGGAAUAUAGCAGGGUUUCAUAACCUAGACUUGUGCUCUCCCUGGUUAACAUUUAAAUACACACAUUCUCCAUCCCCACUAUUUCACAGGAAUGGUAAUUAUCACUGCCACUCAGCAUUUUAUUUUAGUGUAUUUUUGGUCUUUGUUGGAAGCUGCCCAGAGUGGCUGGGGAAACCCAGCCAGAUGGGCAGGGUACAAAUAAUAAAUUAUUAUUUCUUCUAUUAUUAUUAUUAUUAUUAUUAUUUGGGGUGCAUUGAUUCCUCACAGAAACAUGCAGUAUAUCUGUGCUGUAUUUCCCAGGAGUCUUUAUUUCAAGCCAUUUCAAAUAGUCUAGUUUAGCGACAUUGUCAGUGGGUUCAGCUUAGCUGCAAAACAUCCUAAGUGUAGAAAGUUCGUGCUUUCUACGUAUGUACAUAUGGCAUAUGGUGCGAAAGUCACCCUGGAGAGCCACCACCAAUCAGUGCAAACUGUACUGAGCUAGACAGACCCAAUGGUUUGACUCAGUAUUCAACAGCUUCCUAGACUGUGCACAGGUUAAAGACAGGACCACCCAUGCUCAAAUAUUUACAAUCUUAAAGGCACGGCACUAAAGGAAAAAGGGAUAGGGCAGGAAGAGGGAAAUAAACUCAAGGACCAGUCCUUAAGUUACAUUGUCCUUACAAUGGGCACCUUGAAUGGAAACAGUUCAUAGACUAUUGCAAUGCAUGAAUCUCAGCUAAAGCAUCCAUUACAGAUGGCCAUCCAACCUCUGUUUAAAAACCGCCAAGGGAGGAGAGUCCACCACCUCUUGUGGGAGUCUGCUCUGCUGCUGAACAGCUCUUACUGUCAAGGUUUUUCCGAAUGUUUAGUCGGAAUCUCCUUUCUUGUAACUUGAAGCCAUUGGUUCGAGAAAACAAGCAUGCUUAGGGAUGGGAGGCGCCAAAGUCCUCUCUCAGCCCAGCUGUGGAGCAGAACCUGCUUUCUCAUCAAUUCUUCCAUGGAAAUUGAUUGAAAUUGCCAGUCAAAACUGCAUCAUGCUUAGAGCCAGACUAGAUGUGAUGGCGCCAGAUCUGUGAGUUAGGUGCUCCCCUCCCAUGGGUCUUUUUCCUCUUUAAAUGGGACUCUCCUCUCCCCCCCCCCCAACACAUACUUCUUACAUAUGGGCAGCUUCCAACAGAAAAUGCAAGAAUAUACAGAAGCCCAGAGUUCCUUUUCAGUCUGGUCAAAUUGUGCCUCCCAGUCUCUUGAGGGCCAAGAAUAGCAGAAAUGAUCCCCGCCCUUGCUUUUAUUCCCUGUGACUAGAAUGAAGAACUCACGGUAGAACUAUUGAAGACCCAAGACAUGGCCAAGCAACUUGCCAGCAAACUGCUUAAAAGGCAAGGUUACUACAAAAAACGUGAUGCCAAAGUGGAAGCGGAAAUCACUAAACUUGAGGCAAGAGAGCCAUCUUUUUGUUAUGUGGCAUAAAUGUAUUGUAUGUAAGUCUCCAACUCCCGUUAUCCCCAACCAGCAUAUUCAUGGGCUGGGAUGACGGCAUCUAGUGGGUAACAUGUUCCCUUUCUGUGCUGAGAUCAGAGAGGACAGAUCUCUGUGCCCGACAUAGUAUGAUGUCAGAUAACUGACAUCAUGGGUGUGUUUUCCGAGCCAAAUUCAGAGGUUUAGUGGGCCCAAUUAGGCCUGCAGGGCAGAGAUUCUCCCAACUUUAGAGGUUCCAAGUGUAGCCCAUAGAGUCUCCACCACACCUGGCUUUGGUAGGGUUAAGGGCCCUUCUGCUAUGGCAUGCCUCAACACCACCCAUUCUAUAUAAAUUACUGCUGCAUGUGUGAGGGGGUCAGAAGAAGUGUGCUAAACUUGCAGCUGGGAAGGAAUAUUGACCUCUGGUCUGUAGCAAAGAUGCCUGAGCAUCAAGAUGAUGGGAGACGCCUGACUGGGCAUGGAGGGCAAGCAGUGGUUUGUGGAAAGGAGGCUCAGCUGGAGAUGCAGGGAAGGGAGGGGCUGUGUGGGCAGAUGUCCUGCUGAGGUUGGGUCACAAUGGGAUAGAUAGAUAGAUAGAUAGAUAGAUAGAUAGAUAGAUAGAUAGAUAGAGUGGCUUCCUUGCCAGCCCUCUCCUUCAUCAAAGCUGAUGCAAAAAAAUAUAGCCAUGACCUCUGGUCAUCUAGCAGUUGGAAAGUUUGGCCCAGCAACCCAUCUGAAUAUGUCACUAUUGCUUGCCUUGUUAGCAUCUGUCUGUCUCAAGAGACAAUGGAGUGUGCCUCCAGGGGUGAAGUCAGACGGCUGUGUUUGCAGCACCAAAGUGACCUCCCGGCACGGGCCUGGACAGUGUGUCUGGAGGUCCUGGGCUUCCCAGACUACAAACCCUACCUCUUGGCUUUACUGAUGAGGUUCAAAGGAAAGCAAAGCAGUAUAUUUGGCACCACCUUGGCUGCAGGAGUUGCCAGAAGAAGGCGUAAAAGGCACUAUCCAACCACUUUAGGGACCAAACUCUGGAUUUGUGUCGGGUUUACUCCUUAUCCUUUUCUUCUCCCAAGGAUAUCUUGCAAGGCCACGAAGGUUUAGGAUAAGAGCUUUCCUUCUCCUAGAUGGGCUCCCUUCCCCCCUGAGGAGCUCCAUUUGCCCCUUACUUCCCUCUACAGCAUGUGCAGAAACUGCCUUCUUAACUGUUGAACCCACUAUUGGUCUCAUCCGCUCCAUCCGCCACAGUCUGUCUUCACGUGCAGGGAAAGUCCCUAACUCAUCGAGGGUUUGAGACCCAUCGACUUAGCUGUACUGUUUUGAGAAUCCCAAACACUUUGGACAGGCCAGCUGUUUAAUGCAUCAGACCAUUUAGGAAGCCCAUUGCCUCUUCGUUCAUUCCUUGUGUAUGGCUAUUCAUUUUCUCUAAAGAACGAAUAUCAUACCGUAACAAAACUUACAGCGGAAAAGGAAGAACAACUGAAAGUUAAUAUCCCACUUUCGGAGCAGUUGAGAGUGGAAUUGGAGGAACUAAAUGCUGAAUAUACCAUCCGGAAGGACUUAUAUGACGGUAUGCCUUGAGUAGUUUCCAUAGGACAGCAGCUUUUUCUCCUGCCUCUUUCUAAACUUUGUACCUCCCAUGACAUCACAGAGCAAUAAUGAGCACAAGGGAGCGCAGGCUUCCUCUUUCCCCAAACCUUCUUAUUAUAUUGUAUUCUGCAGCUAGGAGUCGGGGGACAUAGGUCAGGGAUGGAGCCCAUGCUUUCUUAGCUGAAGUGCCUGGCGCCAUCCCUGCCCUCUCUAGCUAACCUGGAAUGCUGCUGCCAAUCUUAGCAGACAGCAUUGGACCAGGUGGACUAAUACGUUUACCCCCCAAUUCAAGGCAGCUUCCUGUGGGGUGAUGUUCGGGGGUUUAUAUUUUAUGUACAAGACACAACUACUGCUUUUUAACCCCACUGGGUAAUCAAAGCAGCUCGUAACAUCAAAACGCAAUAGAAGCAACUAUAAAUGCAGCCUACAACCUUAAAAACACAGCCAUUAAGAACAAAUCUAUUAAAAGAAAUCCACCAGCAAGUUAGCCAUCAAAAGACUGUUCAGUAGGCCAGGUUUUAAAUCUUUUCUUCUGAGGCACAGUUAGAGGUCAGUGAGCUCUCCACUCCCUUGGCUAGAUUUGAGAUGGAUUUGGGUAAAAACAGUUAACUUUCAAAACUUUGAAUUAACUUUACGAAGUUCAGGGCCUGGAACACUCCUGGCGCAGAGAAUGCAGCAAGUCAGGGGAAAGGGUCAGAGUGCUAGACACAGAGCCAAGAGGCCACUACCUUUGAGGAACUUAAACCAUGUGGGUGGAGCACGUUUCUAGCACUCAGUUACCUGUCCAUGGUCCUGCAGGCCUUCCAUUUGAUCCUCUUCUCUUGAACCCUGGAUCUGUAUUGUUUGCCUCCUUGCCUCCCAAUAUAAUGGACUGUCCUCCUUGUUCCUGGUUCCUGCACUGACAGCUGGCUGGACCCCCUACCUUCCUGACUGCAUAUGGGCCCUGCUGCCUCAGAAGAGGAAAAUCCAUGGGCCAGGCAUAGGCAAACUCGGCCCUCCAGAUGUUUUGGGAGUACAACUCCCAUCAUCCCUAGCUAACAGGACCAGUGGUCAGGGGUGAUGGGAGUUGUAGUCCCCAAACAUCAGGAGGGCUGAGUUUGUCUAUGCCUGCCAUAGGCAGUUGCAGAAAAUGUUAGGGACUAGAGCCAUUCUCAGAUAUGGGAAUUAAGAUAGAGCAGGCAGGUCUGAACUUGUGUGUAAUGAAAAGCUUCUGCACCUCUCUGGUCUCUUAUUCAGGAGAUCCUACUGGGUUAUUUGGGACGCGGGUGGCGCUGUGGUUUAAACCACAGAGCCUAGGACUUGCCGAUCAGAAGGUUGGCGGUUCGAAUCCCUACAAUAGGAUGAGCUCCCGUUGCUCGGUCCCUGCUCCUGCCAACCUAGCAGUUCAAAAGCACGUCAAAGUGCAAGUAGAUAAAUAGGUACCGCUCCGGCGGGAAGGUAAACGGCGUUUCCAUGCGCUGCUCUGGUUUGCCAGAAGCGGCUUAGUCAUGCUGGCCACAUGACCCGGCAGCUGUACGCCGGCUCCCUCGGCCAAUAAAGCGAGAUGAGCGCCGCAACCCCAGAGUCGUCCACGACUGGACCUAAUGGUCAGGGGUCCCUUUACCUUACUGGGUUAUUUGGCUGCUGUUGUGGCUUAUAUUAGCUUAAGUAAAAUGGAGUCUUUCCUCCUCCUGUUUUGUUUCUAGAACUCCAGGAAGAGAUGCUCACACUAACUAAGUGCAUAGACAAGUCGACAAAGGAGACCGCCAAACUCACCAGGCUAAAGGUAAUCACUCUGGUGUGAUCUGUGCUUUGGGGGGCAUCAGAUUUCUGGCAGCUCAGCUUCUGUGAUGUUUGGUCCCUUAUCCAAGCAGCCCAGAGGUAAAUAUUCACACAACUUGAAGCUGCAGACCAGCUGCAGACCUAAUCCUAAUGUUUAAGCACAGCUAGUAUACUACACGACCACAUCACAUGCUGACCAUCAUCUCCACGUUAUUUUGCUGAUGGAGUUAAUUAAGCUGGUCACUUGGGAACUUUAAGGUGAGAAGGACCAGUUUCAUGGAGAAGUGGCACUGCCCAGCAUGCAGCUUAUUCAAAUAGGUCACACAAGGAGGCCACACAGUAACGGCCUCUUCCUCAGGCCUGGGUUAUGGGAUGGCUGGCUCCACUGCAGAAUGUGGCCGUUAGCUAAGAUGAGGAAAACCUUUUGUGGCCCAAAGAUAGAAAUCCAGAAAGAAAGUAAAUUAUCAAACCAUCAAUUCUAGCACACGGGUGGGGGUGGGGGGGAACCUAAAUUGUAUAAUUUGGUAUUUGAAUCAUUUGUAUUAGGAAUUGUAAUGAGGCUAUUAUUGGUUUAUUGUAAUUGAAAACUAAUAAAAAAUAUUAUUAAAAAAAGACUGCAUUCCAACUUCUAGGCAGGGGUUGUGUGUGUGCGUAUCAGUGAUGGGCAGAAUAACAAAUUUGACAUGAAAUUUAUACAUUGCUAGAUUGUAGGGGGGAAACAACCUACAGUAAAGGCGAUUUACAAAUGAUAAAACUGUAAAGCCAGUAAAAAGAUUACAACCCUAAUUUAAAACAUACAAAAUAUUUAUGCAGUUUGUAGUAUUUUACCUUUGUAUAGUAGGCUUGUUCCUAUAACCCCUUACACAUCCCUUUCUGCCUUCUGUCCAGGCCGGCGAAAAGGGUUAUCAGAGUUUAAGGGCACAUUCCAGCUGGGCACAAACACCCCAAGAUGUGAAAGAGGGCCAGUGAGGGGUGUGGCUGGGGAGAAUCCCAGGAGCCAAUUAGAGAGGCCCAAGGCGUUGCUGGAUAAAUAACAGAGCAAUCCAAACUCCCACCCGUUUGAUGAGGUGCAGGUGCCCCUCCCUCAGGUGACCUCCAUUGGUGGGGAAGUCCUGCUAGCAAAGAGCACCUGACCAAAAGGUGUGCAGGCAGAGAAGCUACCACCAGCGGGAGUUUCAGGAAGGGGCUGGACUGGUGUAGGAUCUGAUGGAUCCUAUGUAGACCCUGCUGCCACCAUGUGACAACAGCGGGCAGAAUCCAGGCCUCUUCUCGGUGCCAGCAUGGGAGCUGUUGCAGCAAAAGGGUGUUUUUCCCUUCUGCCUUGGUUGGCACAAGCACUGGGGUGGUGCUUUUUGAGUUGACACUGGGCAGAAUGGAAGCUGUAUCAGGGGUGACUGCCCCAUGGUGAUACAUUUGCACAUGGAAACAAUGGAUGUCACAGCUAGAGUAGCACGAGCAGCAGCCCUGAACAUAGGAAGAAUUAGUGCCCUACUUUGUUUUCCUGCCUCCUCCCCAUCCCUUUUAUAUAGUGUCUAUUAGACUGUCAGUGCUAACUAACUAACUAAUUAACUAAUUAUUCUUUCCUCACAGUCUUAUGCAAAGAACGUAAUAAAGACCAACAGGGAGAAAGCAUUGCAUCAGCUGCAAAGCUUCACACAUUCUCUGAAGUACCUUGAGAGAGACAUCUAUGAGAUUAAUAGGAGGCUGUACAUUUUGAACGGAGAAAAUGACAGAUUAAGAGCAGUGAGUAUUCCGAGUCUGACUCUGGCACAUAAAGCACCACAGCCCACACCCUCAGGAAGUGGAAGUUAACAUAUCGCAGUAGCGUGACACACAAACCAAUACAAGGACCAGGAAGAGCUUUGAAAAAGUUGUUUAUUGUACUUCAUUAUUGCUUUUGGGAUAUUUUUGUUGUAGCGAGGAAUGCAUGUAUUCUGGGUGCACCAAAACAGGAAGCUGCCAAACUGGGAAAAGUUGGCAUUGUGCAGUUUGGUCUCUGCAAACCCUAGAAAUGGCUGCCCCACUGCAGGAAACCAUUCUUAGGCGUUAUUUUACCCUGGUGAUCUUGCUCUGCCUGUUUGGCAGCUGCUGGCUGCAGGGAGAGUGUCAUGCUCACUGUGCUUGCACAUUUGACUGGGUUGUGGAUUCCCAGUACAGUGAUUGACCCCAUUUGCUGCUCUCUCUUGCCUUUGGCCUCACUUCGUAAUAUAUAUAUUACGUGCCUCGCAAGACGAAAUUAAUCCGUUCCGCGAGUGUCUUCGUCUAGCGGUUUUUUCGUCUUGCGAAGCAACCCUAUUAGCAGCUUAGCGGAUUAGCGCUAUUAGCGGUUUAGCGGCUAUUAAAGGCUUAGCGGCUUAGCGGCUUAGCUGCUAAAAGGCUAUUAGCGGCUUAGCGGCUUAGAAAAUGGGGGAGCGAAAAAAAAUCUCAAGACUCGCAAGACAUUUUCGUCUUGUGAAGCAAGCCCAUAGGGAAAUUCGUCCUGCGAAGCAACUCAAAAACGGAAAACCCUUUCGUCUAGCGGGUUUUCCGUCUUGCAAGGCAUUCGUUUUGCGGGGCACCACUGUAUAUAUACAUAUAUAUAUAUACACAUACAUAUAUAUAUAUAUAUAUAUAUAUAUAUAUAUAUAUAUUAUUCCCCCCUCUUUUUCUCUACCUCUGUACUCAGGAUACAUAGGUGCCAACACACUUAGGAGCCUCUGUCAUGCAUUUGACACCAUGGGCUUCCUGGCCCAUGAAAAUUUACUUGUUUGCCGUUCAGCUGCUAUAUGACCAUUCACUGCAUAUGCACACCAAGAUAUCAGACCCUGAUCUCUCCCAGCCCUUCUUGGGGAUGCCAGAGAUUGCAUACAAACCACCAAACUAUGACCCUUCCACACAGAACUUGGGGGGAGCUGCUAUGCCUUUCCCCCUGAAAUGUGGUCCACAAACCAAAUCUCUGCCAUCCCUCCAUUUUCUUAAAAGUUUGUACAUCACCAGCUGCCCCAGCCCAGGCUUCCUUCUUAAAUCUCUUGAAGUUUACAGAGAAUUUGCUGGUGUGGUUCUAUCCGAGAUAGCUUGGGGAAAUUCAGUAAUUAUGCAAAUUUUAAAUAUUCAGUCCUGCCCGUGGAAUUCAGGUUUCCUUGGGGCAGAGUACACAAGGUGCAGAUAUGUGUGAAAGAGGCAUAUAGAAGUGAAUGGAGAGAUGUUAUAUUCACUGUAAAUUUUGUAUGUUUUCAUCUGAACCUUCUUAGGUCACAGGAAAUUUCUAAAUAGAACCAGAAUUGAAGGGGUAAACAUUGGGUGGUUUAAUGAGUGCAAGGGUACUUUCAGGUACUUACAAGGACUCAAAUCACAGGGCAGAGUAUUAAACUCACAAAAAUAAGCAGCACAGUAAAGCGUUAGGAAUAUAGGUUGUUAUACCUUUUUAAUCCCCUUCAGCUGUACGCAGCAGCUGACCUGUUUUUACCCCUCGUGCAAUGAGCAGACUACACGCUGUUAAGUAAGUUUAAAAUUAUUUACUUACAGAUUCAAGGUCUCAAUCCUGCAUUGUUCCAUGCAGCAGCAAGGAUAACAUAGGCAAAAUACUCUUGUGUAGAAAAUACAGAAUAUAGUUUCAAACAUGUGUUUUAAGCUUGGGAGCAAGCCUAGACAUGUCUUUUUCAGUGCAGAGAGAAAGGAAGAGCAAAAGGCUUCGCUUCCUCCCUCUAGAGGGUGUGACCUAGCUGAGCCUAUCUAGCAAUACAACUCUGUGGUCCUUUACCACUUUGUGCGCUAACUAGUCCUAUGCCUGCUAGUUGUAUUUGACUGCAAUCUCCCACAAGAAAAACAAGAUGUGACUUAAGAAGUGAUAGGCUUGUUGUAUAUUAUUAACAAGGACAUGUCAGAUGCUGACACUCUGGGAACGUUUUUACCCCGGCAGGGCAUUGCCUUUCUCAAAGAAGAUAUCUCUGAAAUCGAAAGUGAGGCAAAACUCUUUCGGUCAGAGAGGCAAGAAACCCAGAAAGCUACAAAAGAGCUUCAUGGUGAGUGAUGUGUGGCAUGAAGUUGAUUGCUGCAAUACAAAAGCCCCGCAUUGGAAGGUUCCUUCCAGACCGCUGCUGUUUUCCAGGUGGGAAUCAAUCACAUACCUGCAGACUCAGGUCGCACAAUUAAAGCGGAUUUGGCACUCUUGCACAACAAACCUACUUACCCCACCCCAAGAAAAAACCACCACAUUGCUUGACAUAACAUCCCUCUGUACAGACAGAUCAGAAUGAAUUUUCAGUAAACUGGCCAUCACACAUCUCCAGCGAUAUGGGCCGUGGCUGGCUUCACCAAGAAGUUUUUUAGGUCUGUGGCUUUAUGGCUGCCUUUCCUCAUGGCUGGUCUGCCAUGCUGAGCAAUCAAAACUGUCUUCUCUGAAUUGUGUCUCUGAGCUGGUGCUCAGCCAGAAUGUACACACUGCACUGAGUAGCCACAGACCCACGUAUGCAGUGCUGCAGUAUGAGAUUCUGGGGAAGGGCUAUAGCCCAGGGGUAGCAGAGCAGCUGCUUUUGAUUCAGAAGGUCUCCGUCCAUGGCAUAUGCAGAGAGGACUGGGGAAGGCUGCCCCUUCUUGAAAGCCUGGAGAACCAUUGUCAGUGUAGAGAACACUGGGCCAGACGGACCAGUGCUCUGACUGCAGGGCAGCUUCCUAUUCCUGCAUCGCAAGAGGUUCACAGAAUUGUAGAGUCGGAAGGGACCCCAAGGGUCAUCUAGUCCAACCCCAUCCCCACAAUGCAGGAAUCUAGAUGACCCUCAAGGUCCUUUCCAACUCUACGUUUCUAUGAUUCUAAGCUGCAUUGUCGCUGAAGACCAGGCUUCCUCAACCUCUGCCCUCCAGAUGUUUUGAGACUACAAUUCCCAUCAUCCCUGAUCACUGGUCCUGCUAGCUAGGGAUCAUGGGAGUUGUAGGCCAAAAGCAUCUGGAGGGCUGAGGUUGAGGAAGCUUGGCUGAAGGGGGGAUUCCUUGGGGCUGCCGUAGAUCAGCAUAAAAGGCCAGGUGGAAACAGAGGUGCCAAUCAAGGGGGAAAUCAGUGUGUAGUCAUGCACACACAGACAUACAGUAAGGUAUGCACUAAUGAUAAAAAUAUAUCUUAAUCUGCUCCCUGGAUUGACACCCCAUGUACAAUACACAGGCCAGUUUUUUGUUUUAUUCUUGCAUUUGCAGUGUUCCCAUUAUUGAGAGAGGAGAGUUCCCAGAACCACAAUGUGUAAGCUACCCACUUAGUAAGCUACCCAAGUUCAGAGGUGUAGGGCAGGUUGCUUUCUCCACAGAAACAUCGCCAGUGUACGGUAACUUCCCUUUCCCCUGCAGGAAUAAGGGGUCACUUGCACUGGAGUGCAAUUUAAACCUGCCCCUGCAGGUUUUCAGCGGUUAGAUUGUGUUCUUAAUGCUUUUCUUUAUAGCAGAAAGAUAUUUUAUUAAGCUAACUGGCACUCUAGAAGCACCAGGUAUCCAACGCUUUUGAUAAAAGUAUUUUAUUUAGUCUCAGUUGCUGUCUGGAUUUUUUCUUUCUAUAGAUAGUAUAAAAAUCACUUUUAAAUGGAGCAUUUUUAAAGUUUGGCUUUUUGGCAGACAUUUCCCUAAACGCUCUAAAAUGUCUUAAUUUAUUUUAGGACUUUAUGUCAAGAAGUGGAUAAGGGACACCAAGCUUCAAAAGGUAUGAUGCAGUAUUGGGUUAAGAGCAGCUUUUGGGACACGAUGCCCUGGGGUUUUCUCCUGUGUCAUCCCCCUGGAAAGAGAGAGCAGCUUAUACAGGACUGGCUGUCAGGCUGGAAAAAAGAAAUAUAUAUUGCAUAUCGGAUUUGAGUUGCAUAACAAAUAUGCUUUUGAUUACUUCUGCCUUAGCCCCUGGAUGAAAUAGCUCAUGCAGGUAUCUUGCUUUUGAAACUGCAGUCCCACUUGUACUUUUAAAAAAAUUGAUUCAAAAACAGUACAAUUGCAUCUUACAUGCAUUUAACUUGCGCAAUUUCAACUAUUGAAGGUAGGAUGGUUGAAAUUUCGUGAGAAAUCCAUCAAGGUGGAGAGCUUAAAAGGUCUUUUUGCACCAGAUCCGCUUGAGUUACCCAGUGCAAAAAAUAGCUUUUCACGCUCUCAGCCUUGCUUGCUGGGCAAGGCUUACUUGAUGUGUGGGAUCUGGGAGGAGAAGUGAUUCUCCCUCUUCCUGAGAGCCAGUGUGGUGUAGUGGUUAAGAGAGGUAGUCUCGUGAUCUGGGGAACCGGGUUCGAUUCCCCGCUCUUCCACAUGCAGCUGCUGGGUGACCUUGGGCUAGUCACAUUUCUCUGAAGUCUCUCAGCCCCACUCACCUCACAGAGUGUUUGUUGUUGGGGAGGAAGGGAAAGGAGAAUGUUAGAGACUCCUUAGGGUAGUAAUAAAGCGGGAUAUCAAAUCCAAACUCUUCUCCUUAUUCUCUCCCCUUCACCUGCUAGCCUUAGGAGCAGCUCCAAAGCUUUGCGUAUACAUGAUUUUUGUGUAUACGCAGAAGCUUUGGAAUGUUCCACAUUAGAUGUGAUCGUACUGUAACAAAACUAUACACAGUCGUACCUUGGAAGUCAAACAGCUUAGUUCCCGGCCAUUGCAAACCCGGAAGUGACUGUUCCGGUUUGUGAACUAUUUUUGGAAGCCGAACGUCCGACAGGGCUUCCGAUUGGCCGCAAGAGCUUCCUGCAGCCAAUCAGAAGCCAUGCUUUGGAAGUCGAACGGACUUCCGGGAUGGAUUCCAUUCGAUUUCCAAGGUACGACUGUAAACCGUUCAGCCCGGACACUGAGAUCCAGCGCCGAAGACCUUCCGGCGGUUCCCUCAUUGCGAGAAGUGAGGUUAAAGGGAACCAGACAGAAGGCUUUCUCGGUAGUGGCACCUGCCCUGUGGAACGCCCUCCCUUCAGAUGUGAAGGAAAUAAGCAGAUAUCUUUAAAAGACAUCUGAAGGCAGCCCUGUUUAGGGAAGUUUUUAAUAUUUAAUUCUGUUUUGUUUUUAACACUCGAUUGGAAGCUGCCCAGAGUGGUUGGGGAAACUCAGCCAGAUGGGCAGGGUAUAAAUAAUCAAUUAUAUUCUAUAUUAUAUUAUAUUGCUGCCAUCUCUGUAACACCUAAGUUACGGACAGAUUUUCAAUGGAAACGAGAGUUACACAUUCGAAUGUGGGUAUUCAAGAAAAGAAGCUGGGGCAGCCCUCACCAGCCUCUUGCAAUAGAAAGUUUAACAGCCCAACUUGAAGGUGAGCCAUCUUUCUUUCGCUGCAGUUUUUCUUGAGGUACCAGAAAGACGUCAUGAUUAUUCUGGAUGAGUAUAUAAGGAAACACAGGAAAAGGAACGACAAGCUUGACUAUGUUUACGAAGGGCUGCAGCUAAACUAUAUGGCAAUGGAGUCUCUGUUAGAAAGCAGGUCGGAGCUGGGUGACGAGGUGAGCUCACUCUGCAGUGGUGGCGCAUUGGUUCAGUUCUACACAAAGGGCGGCUGAAACAGCAGAACUUAACACUCCGCGAAGCAGAUUCUUGGCAACAGAAAUAUACCAAGCACAAGGCGGCUGGGGAAGAUCUGGAACAAUAUAUUCUGGCAGCACUUACAAUUUUCAGUAGCUCAAGACAAGUGCCAUUUGUUACGAUGUACAGAAACCCUAUUCGGACGUGGGUAGUGCUGUGGGUUAAACCACAGAGCCUAGGACUUUCCGAUCAGAAGGUUGGCGGUUUGAAUCCCCGCGACGGGGUGAGCUCCCGUCGCUCGGUCCCUGCUCCUGCCAACCUAGCAGUUCGAAAGCACGUCAAAGUGCAAGUAGAUAAAUAGGUACCACUCCGGCGGGAAGGUAAACGGCAUUUCUGUGCGGUGCUCUGGUUCGCCAGAAGCGGCUUAGUCAUGCUGGCCACAUGACCCGGAAGCUGUACGCCGGCUCCCUCGGCCAAUAAAGCGAGAUGAGUGCUGCAACUCCAGAGUCAGUCACGACUGGACCUAAUGGUCAGGGGUCCCUUUACCUUUACAUAAACUCUACAUGAGACAUUCAGGAGUCAAGCUGUAUUUCCACUAGGGCUUUCUUCCGGUUGCAGUCUUGCAACAUCAUCAAGCAGUCUUCUUACACCCAGGAAUCAGCACACACAUACACAUACAGGGGAGAAGCCAGCGUAGGGGAGUCAACCAUAUCUCUUUAUGCUGCUUAGCGCAGAGUGAUAGCUCUUUGAUACCCACAACACUCCGACACCGUUCUCUCUGUCCCCACUCCCUAAUAAACUUGCUUAGAAAGGAAAAGGAAACGCACCAAAAGAGCUUUCAUUUUUCAUUCAUUCUUUUCCUUUCUUUCUUUUUGCUAGGGGCAGGAAUCUGAACAGUAA